UAUAUCUGAAAGCUGCUUAACUUCUAUGCAAACAUUAAACAACUAAGAAUGCAUAUUUCAUCCUACAUGUUAAUACUAAUUUUUUCUCUCUUUUCUCAAGGUUUUUUACUUUCAAUUUCUAAGUCUAUGCGAAAGGUAGAUGAUGAUGAUGAUAUGAUACUAAAUGCGCUCAAUAUAGGAAAAGCUCUUUGGAAUGGAGGUAAAACAGAGAAGACAGAGACUACACCUACUCUUGAGCACUACAAGAUGGAAGACAGCAGCUUUCUGGAUGAAGAGGAAGACAGAAACCCAAAAUUCUUAGAAAGGAGAGAGACCGGAGAUGAAGAAAACUCAGCUAAAUUUCCUAUAGGAAGGAGAGAUUUUGACAGUAAGUAUGUGUGUAUUUUUCCACAGAAAAAAUAUUUCAAAAUAGAAUAUAAAAAGAGUAAAAUGAUUUUUUUCUUCAGUGCUCAGGUGUAUGUUGGGAAGAGUCUAUCGACCGUGCUGGCAAGUUUGAAAACUGUUGGCCUCCUCUCUAAAGAAGCAUUGGUUGCCAAUUUAAUGAAACUUGGAGUUACUGUGCUUUUGGUAUUGCUAUAUAUGUACAUCUAAAUACUACUAUCUGUAUUUCAAAAUAGAGGGAAACAUGAUUGACUUUCACUAGAUAACCUAGUUGUAAUAGUUAUGAUGUAUUGUUACUGAAACUGACAAUUCUGCAAAUCAAAGACUUGUCACUAUAUUUGUCUAAUGAAUAAUAUAUGUAACCUACUUUAACAUCAUAUAUUUGGACACUAUGAAGCCAAAAUGUGUUAAUACACCUGUUAUCUUGUUCUUUCAAAAUGUACAAUGUUUAUUAUGGAAUAGUAAAUUUACUAUAUACAUC